GCGGAUGGUCGUACACGGACGACUGUCAUGGCCGCGUAUGGGGUCAUCGGGCCGUCUCUAAGUUUUUUCUGUUAUCAGGCGCCAGUUUCAUUCCAAAGCCGCAAGAAAAUCAAGUUCGCCUAGAGCCAUGAAUUGCAAGAGAAAGAAACAAACUGUGGCUGAAGAUAUCAGUGAUGCAAAAACCAGAAAGGAGGACACUCGCCUUUAUUGUUUAUGUAAACAAUUAGAUGAUCCUGAUAGAACAAUGAUCCAGUGUGAUUUUUGUGACGAAUGGUUCCAUCCUGCCUGUGUUGAUCUGGAAGAGGGUGAAGUUAAUGAUGUUGGAAGAUGGUACUGCCCACCAUGUACAGAUGUUAUGGCACAAAAUCCAUCACUGUCGCGUAAAGGUAUUCUUGGGUUUCAAGGGAGAGUAGCACCGAAAGAGGGAUGGGGAGAAGAAUUUUUGUUGGAGGACAUCGAUGAGUCUGUCAUUCAAGUAGAAACCAAAAGACAUCAUGUUGAAGGCUGGAACCUGUUUCGAGAAGGUCGUGUUACUGGACUGAGCAGCAAUAAAAACGGAAAUUAUGUAUAUUUCCGUAGUCAGUGUCAGGCAUCCAUGAGACAGCUGUCCUAUAAUGUGUUUAUCUGUUUCAAGGGCAGUCGAAGGCUUAAGUGGUCAACCUGUUCGUGCCCUGCUGGAAUCGAUGGCCAGUGUAAGCAUCUUGUGGCAACUUUGUAUUGUUUGAUAGAUCUGUACAGACUAGGGAUAAACAAAAUCCCAGAUGCUAAGACAUGCACACAAAAACUUCAAAUGUGGCAUGUCCGAAAACCUGUGACAGACGAACCACCCUUUUCUGACAUAAACUUUGUUAAGCAUGACCCAGAGAGACCAGCAAAAGGGGACCUUGGUUGUAGUGUGAAGCAACAUAAUCCUGUACUUGAGUUUGCAAGCACUGUGACACAGGUAAAAAUUCAGAAACUUGUUAACUUAUAUGAUUCCAAUUGUAUUAAGUUACCAGUCAUAGACACCAUCAGGACCAAUCAAUGUAUUCCAGUGUUGCCUAAACAGCAAAUGGAUGGAAGCCUUCAUUCUGAACUUUUUGAAUUAAUGAAUGGAACAGAAUAUAACUUUAGUGUGGAUGAUUACACAACUAAAUUGACUGCAUCAGAGAAACAACACUACAGUUCCAUUGUGGAAGUAAAUAUUGAAACAUCUAGAUGUAUUGAAAAGAAAACUCGAUUACAGAGUAAGAGUAAGUUUUGGUUUGACCAGCGCCAACAUAGAAUAACGGCAUCCAACUUUGGGACUUUCUGUAGACUAAAAUCAUGUACUAAUCCAAUAACAACUUUCAAUAGAAAGCAGAAGUUUUUCACGUGCAGAAGUGUCCGCCAUGGUGUAGAUUAUGAGUCAGCUGCAUUUGCCAAGUAUAGUGAAGUCCAACCCUGUGAAAGUUGCUCAGCAGGUUUAAUAAUAAAUCCCAAAAUACCAUAUUUAGGUGUUAGUCCUGAUAAAAUUGUGCUUACCAACAGUGAAUUGAAACUUGUAGAAGUUAAGUGCCCUUACAGUGUGUUUCAAAAGAAAGUCAAAAUUUGUCAACAAAUUAAGGAAAAUAAUUUCUACUUAAAAUAUGUUGACGGAGAGGUGAAACUGUCUGAGACUCAUGAUUAUUUUUAUCAAAUUCAAGGUCAGCUUAAUAUUACUGGUGUAAAUAUUUGUGAUAUGGUGGUGUUUGUGCCUCCAGAUGAUAUUGUUAUUGUUUCCAUUAAAAAAGACAAACACUUUUUUGAAAACAAAAUGCUCCCAAAGCUAUCUGAUAUUUAUUUCCAUCAUUUGUUGCCUAGCUUUGUUGAUCGCCUCCAAUACACUCAUUUGUAGAAAU